AAUGUGUUAAUCCCUAAGUAAGAUCGUUGUCAAGCUUCAACUCCAACAUUCUCUCUGUAACGGCUUCAUGUGGAAUUUUGCUCACAUGGUGAGAUCACAACAAUGAGAUUUCAUUGGCAUGACGAAGCUUUUGAUAAGUACUUAUCUGUGCACGGUCCUUAUCUGGAUGAUCCUUUGCGAAUCCUUGCUAUUCGCUUUGAACUGAAACAAGCUGCUUCAAGUGAGGAAGUGAGGGUAGCUCUUGGCAAAGAGGGGAUUGGCAAUGAAAUUGACUUGAUGAUAUCUGGCGAUGGAGCAGUUUCAGUAGUAACAAAUCUUUCUGACCUGAAGCUGUUUGGGGUUGUCUUUGCCUUACCAUCUUCAUCCGAGCCUGCACCAUCAGAGAAGUUUAGCAGGUACAUCUCAUUUCUACUCUUAACAUUCGGGAACUUAGCAAAUUGGGUUCCAUGACGCUGCUAUUGCACCUUACAUGGAUGUAAAUGUGUGUGUUUGUCUGUUUGACGGCUUAGCUUGCGCCUUUCGUAACUAAUUUGAAAGCUACGGCUCUGAGCCAGCUGUUUUGUUCACUAGAAAGCUACGGCUCUGAAACAAUGCUUUACGAAUAAUCGAAUUAGUACUUUAUAUUUAAAUCAUAAUGAAGAAAAGCUCAAAAAAGCAAAAGAGACUAUGUUUAGGUAUAAUUAAAAAGAGACUAUGUUUAGGUAUCACUUACUUAUUUAGGAUGGUAAUUUAUCUUA